GUUAUUCUUUUUUUUAUUGUUAAUUUUGUUGAUGUUUCUUUUUUUUUACUAAUUAACUGAUUCUCUAAUUAUUCAAAUUCUAUUGGUUUGGUUUUAUCUGUUUGUCGUUGUAUUGGUCGUUUAUGGUUGAUUGUUUUUUGAUUGAUCUUCAUGUUACAUUUUGUUUUUCCCUUGCGUUUGAAUUGGUGAUUGUUUUUGUUUUGUAAUUAACUUUUUUUUCAUAAUUUGAUUAGUAAUUUAUUAGAUUCUCGUUUAUGGUUGAGUGAUUUAUUGAACCGGUAUCACUUUGAGGGGAAACUGAACUAGUUUACAGAGAGAUGUUGAUACAUUGAAACGAUUGAUAUUCCAUCAACUUUCAUUUGCUUCUUCCUGAUUAACUGUGAUUCCAUUUUGCUAUUUUUCUCAUUGACUAUUCACUUUCUCACUGGAAAUAAUUAUAUUCAAUUUGCUCUGAUUUAAUUUCACAUUUCCUUCGUGUUUUAGUUAAAUUAGCCAACAUCAACUAUCAAUCUUCAGGAACGCUAAUAACCCAAAGGAAGAAUAUCAACAUCCGUUGAUGUUAAUUCUACGCUGGUCUACUCGACUGAUCUGUUCCAGUAAUUUGAUCAAGACAAGGAUUCACUUCUUUUCUACAACAGUUAGUAAACAAUUUGACAAUCCAUUUACUGACCAUAAAAGUCUCACUUAUAAAAUGCCUUCAAACGGAGAAAAUUCUAGUGAACUUUCACCAAGCCAGAUGGUUGAUAAUGCUCGCCGUGCAUUUGCAACCGACAUCACUAAAGAUGUUGCUUUCAGAAGGGAACAACUUGAAAAACUGGACAACAUGCUGGUGACCAAUGAAAAUGUUCUUGCUGAGGCAAUUAAACAAGAUCUAAGGAAACCUUAUUUCGAAGCCAUUUUAACCGAAAUUGAAUUUGUUCGUAAUGAAAUUCAUGCGGUUCUCAAUGAUUUAGAAAGCUGGGCUAAACCACAGAAAGUUUCCAAAAGUCUGAUGACUCUAUUUGAUUCAGUUUAUCUUCACCCUGAACCCUAUGGUGUUACCCUAAUAAUCGGAGCCUGGAACUAUCCUCUUAUGCUUACAUUGUGUCCAGUUGUUGGAGCCAUUGCUUCCGGAAACACUGUUAUAAUUAAACCCUCUGAAUUAUCCUCAGCUACAGCUAAAGUUUUAGCUGCUUUAAUCCCUCGUUAUUUGGAUCAGGAUUGUUAUCAAGUCUUCCUUGGUGGACCACAAGAAACCGCUGAAUUAGUGAAGCAAAAAUUUGACUACAUCUUUUACACGGGCUCAAGUCGAGUAGGUAAACUAAUUUAUCUAGAGGCAGCCAAAAACUUGACUCCAGUUACCUUGGAAUUAGGUGGUAAAAGUCCAUUGUAUUUUGAUGAUUCUGCGGACAACAAUUUAGCUGCAAUUAGACGCCUUGUUUGGGGUAAAUUUGUCAACAAUGGACAAACUUGUGUAGCUCCUGAUUAUAUCCUAUGUUCGAGAAAAGUUCAGGCCAGUCUAUUGAAACAACUUCCACAAGUAAUCGAAGAAUUUUAUAGUAAUGAUGUUAAAAAUCACGAUGAUUAUGGACGAAUAAUUAACAUUAAUCACUUCAAGCGAAUUGUUAAACUAAUGGAAGAUAAUAAAGGUAAAAUCGUUAUUGGAGGAAAUUAUGACGAAAAAGAAUUGUUCAUCGAACCAACCGUUAUGUCAAAUGUUUCUCCCGACGAUUCGAUCAUGCAAGAUGAGAUAUUUGGACCAAUCUUACCGAUCGUCGUAGUUGAUUCCGCUGAUGAUGCCAUUCAAUUUAUUAAUAAUCGAGAGAAACCUUUAUCUUUAUACAUUUUUUCAAAAAAUCAAUCAAUCGUUGACAAAUUUAGCCAAAAAACCUCAAGUGGAGCCAUUAGUGUUAACGAUUGUUUGAUUCACUUAUCUGUUGAUUCCUUGCCAUUUGGAGGAGUUGGUAACAGUGGAAUCGGUCGAUAUCGUGGUAAAUUUUCAUUCGAUACUUUCACACACUACAAAUCAGUCCUCCAUCGUGGUUACAAUUUUAUCCUGGAAGCUCUUGGCAGUCACCGUUAUCCACCCUACACACCUCGAAGCAUGACAUUUAUGUCUCUGUUAACCCGUAAACGUUGGUUUUAGAGCCAAAGCCGUUCAGUUGAUUUCUUGAAUGAAAAUCGUUCAUUUCUUUUUUUUGCUUCUUUUGGUACAAAAAAAAACACUAAUGUUUUGUUUCCCAUUGUUACUUGUUGAUCAACAAGCAACAACAAUUAUUAUUUUCUUUAAUUUAAAUUGUCUUUUGAAAAGAGACAUAAACAACAAUGGAUCAAGAUUUUUAAAUGAUAUUUACUCAGUGAAAAAAUUAAAUGAAUCCAGUUACAAGUGAAUGUUAAUCCAUGAUCACUUUAAUCACGACAAUUAAAUAUAAAACGUGGUAACAUCAA